AGUUCGCUUGACAAGCAAUCAUGGCGAGCACAUCGAGAAUUGAAGCCAACAAGGUUGUCUGCUAUGCCCAUCCCGAUGCACCGCUUAUCGAGGAUUACAGAGCGGGUGACAUGAUAUGCUCAGAAUGCGGCCUUGUAGUCGGAGACAGAGUAAUUGAUGUGGGAUCGGAAUGGCGUACAUUUAGUAAUGAGAAAUCUGGUGUAGACCCGUCUCGUGUCGGUGGUCCAGAGAACCCUCUGUUGUCUGGCGGAGACUUGACAACAAUUAUUGGUCCCGGGAGAGGAGAUGCUUCCUUCGAUAGCUUCGGAGUAUCCAAGUACCAGAACAGACGUAACAUCAGCAGUACAGACAGAGCACUGAUCAAUGCAUUUAGAGAAAUUAACACCAUGGCUGAUCGAAUAAACUUACCCAAAACCAUUGUUGAUAGAGCCAAUAUACUGUUUAAACAGGUCCACGAUGGAAAGAAUUUGAAGGGCAGAGCAAAUGAUGCCAUUGCAUCUGCAUGUUUAUACAUAGCAUGUCGUCAAGAAGGUGUGCCGCGUACAUUCAAAGAAAUAUGUGCUGUGAGUAAAAUCAGUAAAAAGGAAAUCGGAAGAUGUUUCAAACUUAUACUAAAAGCACUGGAGACGUCGGUGGAAUUAAUCACAACAGCUGAUUUUAUGUCUCGGUUCUGCUCAAACCUUGGUCUUCCGAAUUCUGUACAAAGAGCUGCUACACAAAUUGCUCGGAAAGCUGGAGAGCUGGAUAUAGUCUCCGGAAGAAGCCCUAUUUCUGUUGCAGCAGCAGCUAUUUAUAUGGCCUCUCAGGCAUCGGAGGACAAACGUAGUCAAAAGGAGAUUGGAGAUAUUGCUGGUGUGGCCGAUGUGACAAUCCGUCAAGCGUACAAGUUAAUGUAUCCGUUUGCAGCUAAACUGUUCCCCGAAGACUUCAAGUUUGCUACACCUAUUGAGUUCUUACCUCAGAUGUAGGUUACCAAGUAGGUAACAGGUAACCCAGGACAGGUAUUUAUAUGGAUAAUACCAAAACAAUAUAAUUAUAUUUACUUUA